GGCCAGGAGGGGGAUUCAGCCGCGAUGCAGGGACUGGGGCUGCUGUUCUGCACCCUCCUCUGGCAGGGGGGCAGUGUGGCCUCGGGCGGGAACGAGGAGCUGCGGCUGUACGAGAAACUCUUCGCCAACUACGACAAGAACACGCGGCCGGCGAGACACCCCGACGACACGGUGCCGGUGCAGAUAAUGCUCACGCUGACCAACCUCAUCUCCCUGAAAGAAAAGGAGGAGACUCUGACCACCAAUGUCUGGCUAAAGAUUGAAUGGGUGGACUAUCGGCUGAAUUAUAGCAACAGUGAGUUCGCAGGGAUCCGCGCCCUGCGGGUCCCCUCCGACAUGGUCUGGCUGCCGGACAUCGUUCUGGAGAACAACAUCGACGGGCAGUUUGAGAUCGCCUACUACGCGAACGUGCUGGUGUACCCCGGGGGGGCCAUGUACUGGCUACCCCCCGCCAUCUACCGCAGCACCUGUGCUAUUGAAGUCACUUACUUCCCCUUUGACUGGCAGAACUGCUCUCUUGUCUUCCAGUCCCAGACGUACAGCGCUAACGAGGUUGAACUGCAGCUCUCAAUCAAUCAGGAGACGGCCCGCCCCUUCGAUGAGAUCGAUAUAGACCCCGCCGCCUUCACAGAGAACGGGGAGUGGGUGAUCCGGCACCGGCCGGCGUGGAAGGUGCUGCACCCGGAGCUGGGCCGGGAGGCGCUGGGCUUCCAGGAGAUCCGCUUCUCGCUCAUCAUCCAGCGCAAGCCCCUCUUCUACGUGAUCAACAUCAUCGUGCCCUGCGUGCUCAUCUCCUCCCUCGCGGUGCUGGUGUACUUCCUGCCCGCCCAAGCUGGCGGCCAGAAAUGCACCCUCUCCAUCUCGGUGCUGCUGGCUCAGACCGUCUUCCUCUUCCUCAUCGCCCAAAAAGUCCCAGAGACCUCGCUCAGCGUCCCCCUCAUCGGCAAGUACCUUCUGUUCGUCAUGGCGGUGGCGACGCUGAUCUGAUGAACGUGCAUUGUGCUGAAUGUUUCCCUGCGAACGCCGAACACCCACUGCAUGUCUGAGCAACUCAAACAUGUGUUCCUAGAGGUGCUGCCACAGUACCUGGGCUCGGCCCUGGAGCCCACGGGGGACCCCUGGGCCGCACCCCCUGCCCGGCGGCGCAGCUCCUUCGCCAUCAUGCUCAAAGCCGAGGAGUACAUCCUCAAGAAGCCGCGCAGCGAGAUUCUCUUUGAGCGGCAGGGGGAACGGCAUGGGCUCAGCAGGACCCCCACCUGUGACGGCAUGGACGUGGGUGUCACCAGCACCUUGUACAAGAACCUGGCCAGUGCAGCCCCCGAGAUCCGGGCGUGCGUGGAGGCCUGCAACUUCAUCACAGAGACCACAAGACAACAGAAUGCCAGCAACGCGGAAAUAGAGAACUGGGUGCUGAUCGGGAAGGUGAUUGACAAGCUCUGCUUCUGUGCUGCCAUCCUGCUCUUCACCAUCGGCACCCUCAGCAUUUUCCUCACGGGGCAUUUCAACCAGGUGCCCGACGACCCCUUCCCCCUACAGCCGGACCUGUAGCCGGGACCCCGCCCUCACCCGCAGGGGCCGUUUCCCCUGGCUGACAGGGUAUCGACACAGGAUAAGGUAGCCAUGAGGGCAGGGUGGUGUCUGGAUGGGAGCCCCCCCACCCCGCAGCAUAGCACCUCCUAGCGCUGCACCGGGGCCAGCCCUGACCCCACAGUCUAGGAGCCUUGGCCCAGGGCCCGACGUACCCUGGGGACAUCACUAAACUUUUGUCCACAGCAACCUGUCCCAAGCAGCUGCAGGCACAGCUCAAGAGCUAGCCUCAGAAAUGCUGCUGGUACUGGGGAGGGCCACCCCACCCCAGACACAGAUGUAUCUCAGCACCAGAGACCUGUAUAAACAAUCGCCCCUUACACCAGACGGACGCAUCUUGGCACCGGGCGAAGGAUCCCUGGAUGAACUCCACCCCAGGCACAGACGCAUUUCAGCAUUACAUGAGGGAUCCCUCUAUGACCAGCCCCCCACAUCGCACCCCAAAGGCAGCUGCAUCUCAGCCCCAUGCCUCUCCCCUCCAGACCAGUGAGGAGAUUCUGGGGCCAUACAGCUCUUUGGCAGUAGCUCUAGUCCAAGCAUGUGGGGUCCAGACCUUGUCAGCACCUGCGGGGCGUGUGUAGACGGGCCCUGUGGCUUCCACCUCCAGAGCAGGGC